AUGUCACGGCUGAGGAAGAUUGAUAGGGACAUCCUGAGCGGAAGAGCUAUAGAUGGCGACGAGGAGAUUCCAGAUCAUCCGAUGGACAGCGAAGAGCAGGAGGAGCUGAUACAGAAGUUCGAAGUGAAUAACAGCCUGCUAAAUAAGAGAUGUGCAAAUGUGCUGUCGCUUACCUAUUUGUUAUUCUCUGGAUUUUGUGUUAUGCUAGCCGGUAAGGCACAAGGGCGAGAAACAGGGCUGUUCGUAUUAAUAGCACAGUCCAUCAUCUGCUCCAUGAUCCUGGCGCGAUAUGAGCUUAUGCAUAGCUAUACCAUUUUCAGAAGGUACUCCAUUCACAUUAAUAAUUCAAGAAUCCAAAAGGUCAACGUAAUCCUUAUUGUUUUAAUCGAAUGGAUCGGAUUCGAAGCUCACAAGAGCUGGAGGAUGUUCAUGUUUCGCCAAAUACCUCUCAUUUUCUUCUUGAUAACCAAAAUUUUGAAGAAAUGGUCGAAUGAAAUGGAAAAGGAGUUGAACCAAUUGCGCAAAAUGAAGUACAAGUACAAAAAUGCCUGA